AUGCCGUGUAGUGAUUCUUUGGGCCCCUUGGCAGAGCUCAGGCGCAAGCCCACGACACCCAGAUCUGGCGACUACAGUAAUGCCACGUAUGAGAGAGGCGGGCAGGAUGACCAGGCUAGCUUGCGGCAGAAACAGGAGUUUCACAGCCAUGCCCAAGCGAGAGAUAGAACUGUGAAGGAUUCAAGGGACGAGAACAUGUGGCGAAACACGAGCCACUUUGACGUUGAGACCAUUGAGUUGGGGUCCAAUAGGAGAGCGCCCACGACGAUAGCUGUCAGCAGGAGACUGGACGAGACGCCGGAGAUGGCGAUGCCGGUGAGGCGGGAGAAGCCGCGGACCCAGAUGGACGGGAGGACGGCGGCCAGGCUGCCGAGAAUCACGGAGUGCCUUCAAGGAGAGACUGACACGAUUCCUCUAGAGAUCUCAGAACCAGACUACCGGACAAGAUGA